AUGUGGAGUUUCGUGAAAACUGUGGUAUACCUCAUAUUGGCGAUUGUGUCUUAUACUUCUUAUACUGAUGCCCUGAAGCCGCCAAUAAGAUUGGGAGCUCCAACACAUCCAGUUAGUGGUGAUCAUAUUUCGUUGCAAUUCUUCAAAGCCCUUAGGAGCGGCAAUGAGAAGAAAAACAAUUUGCAAUUUGCACUUCAGAAUUUCGUCGAAAACCUCCAGAAGAAUCUGUCCACUUCCGAUGUACUACUCAAUGCUGUGGAUAAUAGCGCUGACUUGGAAAGUGGAGCCAAUAAAAUUGAGCGUCUAUAUGGAUUGGCCGAUUACUUCGAAUAUUCGGCGGAAAUGGCAGGUUUGUUUGGCAGUGCCGCUGAAAACUUUUUCGAGGUGUCGAAGAAUGAGAGUGUUACUCUCUUGCAAAAACUUCGUCAAGUGCCAUCGGCCCAGCGUUAUUUGCCGACUAGUGUGAAAAUGCAACUGACCGACUACUUUGCCGAAAUGGAAUAUUUCCACGUCAUGUUUUCCGAGGUUGUCGAUGAGGCUCUAGAAUAUAUUGUCGAUACGCUGCGAUCGACUCAAAGCGUUUUUAUGAGAUAUGCUGACGUACAGCGAGAAGUGCUCACAACGUGGAACCUGCGACUAGACGAAUGGUGCGGCAAUGCCUAUGUCGACUUUCUUCAACUGUGGUCCACUGAAAUUUUCAAAUGUGCCUCCACAAAGGACUUAGGCACUGUCUACGAUGUGUAUGCGACAUCUGAAACCACAACCAGACACAUUAUGCGCCAGUUGGAGUUCCGCAUUCAACGACUAUACAAUUGCUUCAUAUUUGGUGGCUACCAGACAAGAUGUACUUUUUUGCACAAUCCAGAACAAGAUUUCCAAGCGCUCUUGGCUAAAUUGGAUGAUCUGCAGCAGUAUCUGGAUAUAAAGAUUAAAAGGGGACGCAUACCAGUAUCUCGGACUAGACGUCAGAGUGAAGAACGUAAAUUAGAAAAACCAUAUAUGCAAUGUAUACCGAAUGAUUUCCCUGAAAGCCAAAUGACGGAGGCAUUAAAACAAUGUUUCUAUUUUCUAAGAUGA